AUGGAAACAUUAGAGGAAGCCCAGCUCUGCUUUCCAGCAGUCAACAACUCCUGCAAGAAGUCAACAGGCUCUCACUUGGAGGCUGUGAUGAUUUACACCCUGCUCUCCCUCAUCUCUGUGCUCACUGUGGUUCUGAACCUGGUGGUCGUCAUCAGCAUCUCCCACUUCAGGCAGCUCCACACCACCACUAAUAUCCUUCUCCUCUCUCUGGCCAUCGCCGAUUUCCUUGUGGGUUCUGUACAGAUGCCACAGCAAAUGUUCUAUUAUGGAGACUGUUGGCUCCUGGGUGACUUUGGAUGUGCUUUGUAUUGCUCUUUUGGUUAUAUCAUUGUCAGUGUGUCAGUAGGAAACAUGGUUCUCAUAUCAAUUGACCGCUAUGUGGCUAUUUGUGACCCCAUGUUGUAUCCUACAAAAGUCACUAUGAAAAGAGUUCAGUUCAGCAUUUAUCUGUGUUGGAUAUUCUCAGUUCUUCAUGGUACUUGGAUACUGAGAGAUUUCCUCCAACAACCAGGCAGGUAUAAUUCUUGUUAUGGAGAGUGUGUGUUAAUAGUCCACUAUGCUGAUGGAGUUGUUGAUCUUGUGGUCACUUUUUUAGCUCCUAUUAUUGUCAUCACAGUUUUGUACAUGAGUGUAUUUGUGGUGGUUGUGUCUCAGGCUCGUGCCAUGAGAUCCAAUGUUACAUCUGUUGCACAGCGGCAUUCAGGGACUAUAACUGCACAGAAAUCUGAGCUGAAAGCAGCCAGGACACUCGGUAUACUUGUAGUUGUUUUUCUUCUGUGCUCCUCUCCAUAUUAUAUUUUCACACUUGCAGCAGAGAAUCACUCGGUUGAGCCGUCAGCAGCAGAUGCACAGCUUUGGUUGUUAUAUUUUAACUCUUGUCUAAAUCCUGUCAUCUAUGCUUUUUGUUAUCCGUGGUUCAGGAAAUCUAUUAAACAUAUUGUGACACUUAAGAUACUGCAGCCUGACUCCAAAGACACAAAUAUACUGUAG